AUUACCAGCGCAGGCAGAGUCUGGGAAAGUGUGUGUUGCUAUUAUUGUUGAGUAGAUGGUGAUCGGUAAACCCAAUUUCUUCUCCGAGUGUGUUGAUAAGUGGCAGUGCCACCCUCCCUCUUUGUUAGCUUGCUCUGUUUCCUUCAUUGCUGCGUGAGCGUUUAGCUGUUCCUAACGCGACAAACCGUCUGGAGCUGUGCUUAACGUUAAUCUUGGACGGACCUGGGAGGUGGGCGAAGGUGGAAAAAUGAAUGGGAAUAUGAUGAAGAGUCUUCUGAUCAGUAUUUUGACUGCUAUUGUCAUUCUGGCUUUGUUCAGCCAUUCUGGAAGUGCCCUAAAAUGUUAUCAGUGUGAUGGCGGUAUAAGUCCGUGUAAAACUAAUGUCACAUGCAGAGAUGAUACUGAUUCAUGCAUAUUUCUAACGCUUAGUGGAGUAAGAAAUGUCUCUGGCUGCUGGAAAAUUUCCAACUGUAAUGAAGACUUUAUUGAGAAAAAAUACCGGAAUGAAAACUUUAGAUAUAUGUGCUGCCAAAAAGACUUCUGUAAUAGUAGCCCAAUUACUGUAGGAAGCAGGAUGGUCCUUGGAGUUUCUGUGCUAAUCGUAAUCCAGAUGCUCUUCUAAUCCAGAGUAGAAAAGAACUUUUUUUGUUCAAAGUCACUUCAUACCUAUUGACAAAUAGCUUUUUGCGAGAGCAUCACACUUGGAGAACAGAGAAUAAUUGCAUUGGGGAAAAUCAAAGUAGAAUAGUAAACUUUACUAUGCUGUGAUGCUCCAUUCUACUUGCAGACUUGUAUCUAGUCUCUGUGCUUAAACUUUACAUAGCGAAAGCGCAUGAUGAUCAGGUGCAAUUUGUUUUGGGGGAGCUGUUGUGUCUGUUGAAAUUGUCAACUUAUUUUUCAUCCUUGCUGAUUUUUAAGAAUUUAAUCUUGCUAAUAAAAGUGUCUGCUUUA